GUCAGCACCACGCCCGGCCGCCUUUGUAUCCCUAAGUGGCGAGGUUUACACACACAUCCACCAAUAUAACUCGUACACAAAUAUACAUACGUACCCAUAUACACACAGACACCAAUAUAACGCACGUGGACACAGGCACACUCGCAUGUAGUCCAACAUACGGCAUCGCUAGACUCCUGCGUGAAGGUGUUUGGCCGUGCGGCGUUGUUUGACCAUACUUCACCACGCUGGUCAGUGCGGCUGGGCGAGUGAACGGGGGAAUGGUGGUGGCCGUGCCACGGGGCUGCUGUCCUUGCUGAGGUUCGCCGGGCCCCGUGGGGCUGGGAAAUCCACGCCGCGUGGUGGCUGCCGCGGAUUUCUACGCGGAGCCGGAGUGUGCCAACCGCUGCGCCACCGCUCGUAGGCAGCCACUCUGCAAUCCUCGGCGUGCCCGACUUUGUGGGAUUUUCCCAUGGCAAUGGCACGGAGGUCGAGUCUCUUGUGCGUGGCGCUGCUCGUCUCCUGCUUGGUCAACCUCUUCUGGCUCCAAAGGAACUCGAACGACACCUCGGACUCCUCCUCGAGGUCCAUCCGGGGGGAGGCUCCUGGUUCGAUGUUCAGCAUCCGUAGGAGGUUGGAGAGCGAACCAUACACGGAACAGUUGAACGACAUCGAGAGGAUGGUGGUGAAGAUCCUGCAAGAGAUGAAGAGCGCCAGGAAUGAGCCUCAGGCGGCAGCAGGGCAGGGCGGCAGGGACGUGGAGGAGGAGGAGGAGUGUGAGGGGAACGAGGUGGUGGCGCGGCCCGAGCUUCCGCUCUUCAAGGAGUGGGGGGGGCAGCUGCCCCCCCGUGAGAGGCGCAAGGCGUGCGCCCGCUUCCUCACCUACGGCUACAACGCCUACCUGAGCGACCGGCUGCCCCUCGACCGCGACGUGCCCGACAACCGCCCUCCCGGCUGCAGCGCUAAACAGUACCCAUCGGAGCUGCCGGGCCUCAGUGUCAUUCUCAUCUUCUACAACGAGGCCGUCUCCAUCCUGCUGCGUGCCGUCACCUCGGCCGUGCGCAACACGCCACGCCACCUCCUCAACGAGGUCAUCCUCGUCGACGACUGCAGCGACUUUGCUGACCUGAAGGAAUCAUUCGACGUGCAGAUCGAAGAGCUGGACGAUAAGUACCCGGAGGUGUCCAUCCGCCUCGUCCGGCACGCAUCCCACAGGGGUCCGAGCGCGUCGCGCGUCACCGGCAUUCGGGCGGCCAAGGGGCCCGUAGUGGCCAUUAUGGAUGCCCACGUGGAGUUCCCUGUCGGCUGGGCUGAGCCGAUCCUGGCGCGGAUCCAGGAAGACCGCCGUGUGGUCAUCUCCACGGUGUUUGACAACACACACUAUGACACGUUCGUCGUAAACCGCUACGAGUCGCAGGCACAGACGUUCACCUGGCAGCUGUGGUGCACCUACAAGGAGCCUCCCCUCGACUGGAUCACCAACAAUGACCCCACGGCCCCCAUCAGGAGCCCGAUUGUGAUGGGCUGCAUAGCGGCCAGCAAGAGCUACCUGGAGGAAAUCGGGUUUCUGGAUGAAGGCAUGCAGGUGUAUGGAGGGGAGAACGUGGAGCUGGGCCUCAGGGUGUGGCAGUGCGGGGGCCGCGUGGAGGUGCUGCCCUGCUCACGCUUGGCUCACAUCGAGCGCUACUUCAAGCCGUACGCCCCGGACCUGAGCAUCCACAUGCGCAGGAAUGCGCUGCGCGUGGCCGAGAUCUGGAUGGACGACUACAAGAGGAACGUCUACCUGGCCUGGAACGUGCCCAUGAAUGGAUCCGGGAUCGACAUCGGCGACAUCUCGGAGCGCAUGGCUCUGCGCAAGCGGCUCAACUGCAAGAGCUUCGCGUGGUACCUGGAGAACGUGCUGCCCUCACUGCCACGGCACGACGACAUCGUCCAGUACGGGGUGGUGGUGAACGAGAAGAGGAAGGAGCUGUGCCUAGACCGCGGAAACCCAGCGCUCAACACGCCCAUCCUGUACUCCUGCUACGGGUACCAGCCGCAGCUGGCCGUGAGGACCUCCUCGGGCCUCGUGAUGGUCGGCUUCAACGUGGAGCAGGCGAGCGCCGGUGCGGUGUGCCUGGGCACGACCGAGGACGGCGAGCGGCCGGCCCUCGUGGAGUGCUCCAUGGCCAUGGAACUCGGCCGCUUCCUCAGCUUCCAGGACGAGCAGCUGAAGACGCACGAUGGAGCCAAGUGCAUGGAGCUGAGCGAGGAUUUGGAGGAGCAUCCCGGCAGUGUUCUCCUCGUCCUGCGGCCGUGCUCCGGACAGAGGUGGAGCCUCGCGUUCUUCCACAAGACCACGUAGUCCAUCACAUAGUCCCUCACGUAGUUCGUCACGUCGUCCGCCAUGUGCGCACACUUCCAUCCCUUGCGCAGUUUCUGUUCCUCCACCAUCACCCUCCCCCCACCCCUCCACCCCCCUACAAUAUCGAUCGGCGUUUAGUACCGUUGUACCGGGCUCUCGUUUUGUUGCAAUUUAAACUAAAAAAA